AUGCCGAUCAUCCGGCUCGCUGGGGCCCAUGUGCGACUACCAGCCUCCAGCGUGACACCGGUCGACUGCAUUGAUGCAUGUGCUCGCACGCACGAUAUCUGCUGCGGCCAAGAGGGGGCUGCGAUCUGCCCCACGUCGUGUCAGCCCGUCAUCGUGCAGUGCACUGACACCUGCCCGGCUUCGCUCAUGAAAUAUGCAAUGCCAGCUCUCACCGGACUCUACAAGGACUAUGGCGAGAUCAGGGGCAAGGGCUAUGCAUAUGACACUAGGGAGAACCGUUACCGGCAGUAUGCAGCAGAGCGUGAGGUGAUUUGGAUGCAGGAUGCGCAGCGCAUCUCUAAAUAUUUAGCAACUAACCAAUAA